AUGACAUCAGCAGCAUAUGGAAAGUUAGCAAACAUAGGAACGUCAUUUAUUAAUCUAAACAAGGAAGCUUUCAAGUCCAUACACAUUGUCUCUGUGGAAGACGAGAAUUCCCCGCCUGGAAUAUGCGGAUGUGUCGGCGGGUGUGUCGGAGGGUGCAGCGGAGGUGACAGCAGCGACCUGGACCUGGCCGGCGACCUCUCCGACGACACCCGUGACUCCACCAGUGAUGACGACCAAGGCGACGAUGCUCUUGGGAGCUCCACCUACGCUUCCUCUCACCAGCCUCGCUAUCUCUCCUGGAGACGGUCAGAAGGUGGGUGUUGUGAGGGUGGGGAGAGUGAGGGAGGCGUGGUAGUGGAGGUGAGCGAGGCAGGGUCAGGAGAGGAGCGGGGCGUGCCUCAGCGCACCAUCAGGAAGGUCUUCACCAACACCCGCGAACGCUGGCGUCAGCAGAACGUCAGCGGCGCCUUCGCCGAGCUCCGCCGCCUGGUCCCCACACACCCUCCGGAUAAGAAGCUCUCCAAGAAUGAGAUCCUAAGGCUGACAAUCAAAUACAUCAAGCUGCUCAACUCUGUGCUUGAGUGGCAGCAGAGGCAAGACGAUUCCCCAUACCAGCAAAAUGAUGCCGACAACUGCAACAACAAUAGUAGUAAUAAUAAUAAAAAUACCAGCAACAGUGUCAACGCGAGACACAACACUGGAAGGAGCAUCAGCAGCCAGCGACACUCUCCCCUGUCUCCCCACGAUACCUGCAUCACCUUAGAUACGUCUAUGCGAUACCGCUACUUAACACUUCCUUCUUCCCCUCCCUCCCCCAGUUCGCCUCUUCCAGCCUCAUCGGCCUCUUCCACGUCAUCUUCACCUUCUCCUCUGUCUUAUUCGUCUCCCUCAGGUCUCCGGCCUUCGCCACAACCAGUCACAUAUACACAACCGCCAGUCCCUUCCACAGCCACUUCUUCCUCCUCCUCGCCGUCGUCGCCUGCGUUAGCGCCAACGUCUACAGCAUCGUCGCCAUCCCCAGAGGAGGGAGCCUCGCCAGGGCCGCGGUUUCAUCCUUAUGUACUAGCGGUGCGGGUCCGUCCUGGCUUAUCCCUCCUUCAUCCUCACUCUAAUUAAACUUAAUAGCAUAUUACCCCAUGUGAUAAUCAUUUUAUAUUGCUGUGUUGAGAUGGCGUACAAAAAAACUGUUCGUAUUUUAUAUAUUGCGCCCUUAAAUUAUGAGACCGCUGAUAGACUAAUUAAUAGGGAGCUUAUGUACCGUAGAACAUGUCCCAGAUGAAACAGAAUGAUAAAAAUUCCCAUAAAAGUUACCAAUAAGUAGACUUGAAUGUAUGGUUGUAUUUAGUACUAAAUCAGACUUCACGUGAUAUUAAAGAUUAAUAUUUGCAUAUCAAUGUCUGGACUUAAAAGGGUCAUUCAUGUAGGAUGAGCGACCAUAAAUGCCAAUGAGUAAAACCACAAAAGCCGUGAUUCGAUCCUAUGCGAUGGAUAUUCCCACGCACAUACCCCAAGCUUCAGUGGAAUCAGUAGGAUCACUUCACAUGGUCAGUAGAAUUGCAACCUGGAGUUCUACUAAACACAAGGGUUUUCUGAGGCUUCCACUAAAGCAGGUCCAGCGUUUUCACACAAUCUCCCCAUGCACUCUUGCUCUGCCAUCUAGGAAUGUUCUACCUCUGACCCCGUGAUGAGGAUUUGAACAUAGGUUCGAAUCCUCAUCAGAUUUUUUCAUUGAAACAUCACGUUAGUGAUUACUCUCUGAGCACAAAUGUCAAGAUUAACGGGGCCGUCAAAACAUUCAUCUGUAAGCGAGGACUCAUAUAUGUUGUGCUCUUGAGGCAGGUUAUUAAAAUCCUUACAAUACCUAGACCAACCAACAAGUACCCUUUCUAGUUCUGAACUAUGCUGAGGACUUAAAUAAAUUCUUAUUGCAUGUACACCAAGAAACUGAAAAAAUCUUUCAACGUCGAUAUUUCUUUUAAUAACUUGUAUCAUUAAUUAGAUUUGUAUUUGGAAAAUAAUGCAUGCAAUAUACUAAUAAU